AAUAUUUUACCAAUAAUACCACAGACAGCGCAGCGUUUGCCACAGUGUCUUAUUAUUGGUGUACGUAAAGGAGGAACACGUGCUCUUCUAGAUGCGCUGGCACUUCAUCCAAAUAUACGGGUAGUUCGACGUGAAUUACACUUUUUUAGCAACAAUGAAACGUAUUUGAAUGGACUGGAAUGGUAUCGUCAACAAAUGCCUUAUAUUGAUAAUAAUUUACAGAUAACAAUCGAAAAAACACCAGCCUAUUUCACGAAUGAAUUAGCUGCUGAACGGGUAUAUCACAUGAAUUCUUCGAUUAAAUUAAUAAUAAUCUUAAGAGAUCCAGUUAUUCGCACAAUCAGUGAUUUUACUCAGGUUUUGUAUACGAAAUUUGAACGCAAUAAAAGCCAACCAAUUUUCGAAGCGGAAGCAUUUCUGGCAGAUGGAACCACUAUAAAUAUUGCUUAUAAACCAAUAAGGAAUUCACUCUAUUCAUUACAUAUGAAGCAAUGGCUGAAACAUUUUCCAUUGAAAAAUUUUCUCAUUCUUAACGGAGACCGCUUCAUUAUUGAUCCUUCCUUCCAAAUAAAGAAAGUGGAACGAUUUUUAAAGCUAUCGCAAUCUAUUGAGCCCAGUCAAAUAUUAUUCAAUAAAAAGAAAGGUUUUUUUUGUUUUCGCCAAAAAAAUCGUCACAAGCCUCGAUGCUUGGGGGAAACGAAAGGGCGAGCUCAUGCCAACAUCUCGAUGGAAACAAAGCUAAAACUUCGACGUGCUUUCCUUUCAUACAAUUUAGAAUUUUUUAAAAUGGUAAAUCACUGGUGGAACUGGAAUUAA